AUGCACGCGCACUGUGCGACUGUGCCGCAGUCGCCGCCGCUGUUGUCGGACAGUCCGGUUCAAGUGGGGAGUUAUCAUCAUAGCCGUUAUCACAGCCCGUCGGCGAUUGCGCGGCACGGAGACCACGAGUUACUCGUCGUUGCGCGCGUCGAGUCAGCCGGGCUCGUUGCGGGCGAGAAGCGCGCACUUCCGCCCGCCUUCUUGGCGGCCGGAACAGGCGGCCCGGCGGAUAUCGCUCCGCAAUUGGCGGUAGAUGGAGGGUUCCCCCAGCAGAAGCGAUCGUGCCCGCUUCCCCCGACCUCCCAAAACGGCGAGCGCGGAGCGAUCCGCGCGGAUUUCAAGGGGAAAGCCGCCUGCACGGGGGACGCGCAGCUUCCGGAGAGCGACGGAGCAGCGCCGGCGCCGUUCAGAGUGGCAGCGCCGUUCGGAGGAACAGCGGUAGCAGCGCCGUUCGGGAGAGCAGCGGGAGCAGCGCCGUUCGGGAGAGCAGCGGGAGCAGCGCCGUUUGGGGGAACAGCGGGAGCAGCAGCGUUUGCGGGAACAGCGGGAGCAGCGGCGUUCGCGGGCGCAGGGGGAGCAGCGGCGUUUGCAGAAACAGCGCCGUCCGCGGUAGCACCGCGGUUGGCACCUGUGGCUACUAUGCAUGGUAAGUUCGAAAGCUCCCCGAAAUGCAUGGCGAUGGGGGCGCGCUUACUAGACGGAGACGCGAGAUCCAUGGCGAGCCCUGCCGGCCUGCCGGCACUGCGCGAUGCGGCUGCGAGCAAGAGAGAAGCCGGCGCAACAGGCGGCGCUGCUGCUGCUGCCGCCGCCGCCGCCGCCGCCGCCGCUGCUGCUGUUCCUGCGCGUUCUUAUGCUCAUCGUUCCUCGCACUCCCACGUCCCUCAUCCCCGCCAUAAGCGCCAUAACGCGAUGGGCACUAUCAGCGCCAGGAGCGGGGGCAUGGAGACGUAUAGCAGCAAUGGCAGCAGCUGUAUCAAUCCCUUCGGCUCAAACCCUUGGACUCCCAUCCUACCUUCCCUUCCUUCCACUCCUUCCCUCCCUUCCACUCCGUCUACCUCAUCCACACCCUUCACUUGUUACAACCCGUCCUCCCCCGCUGUUGCCGCCACUCCCACCGCCAGCCACAGCAGCAGCACCCACACCCUCCUCGUUGCGCCCGCCUUGUUCCGCUCCCCUCCUCUCGCCCCACACCCCCCUCCGCACCUCCCCGCUUCAACCUGCUCCUCCCCCCACGUUCUCUCUUCUCCUCGCGUCCUCUCUUCCUCUCCCCACAUUCUCGCCUCUCCCCCACUCACACCCUCCUGCUCGGCCACACCACCCCCUGCGCCCCACCACGGCCUAUUACCUCUCCACAGCCAAGCCUUCCAGGCAAAACUUUCCGCUCCCCCCUCCGCCUUCUCCUCCCCUUUUUCCCCCGCGCUACCAGCAUAUCCCCGCGCCCCGCCACCGUCCCCUGCACAGCCCUCCCCGCUAAUGCCAGCAGAUGCAGCAACAGCAGCAGCAGCAGCAGGAGCAGCAGCAGCGGCCGCGGCAGCAGCAGCAGCAGCAGCAGCAGCAGCAUGCAGCAUGGGCAGCCCGCACAAGGUGCAAGUACCAGGGAGUCCGGGAAUGCCUCCUGCGGGGCUCAGGGCAGCCACCAUCCUCUCCAUUAUGGGAGUGGACGGCAACCGUCUGGGCGCGGACGGCGGCCGUUUGGGCGCGGACGGCAACCGUUUGGGCGCGGACGGCAACCGUUUGGGUGCGGACGGCAACCGUUCGGGCGCGGACGGCAACCGUUUGGGCGUGGGCGGCAACCGUUUGGGUGCGGACGGCAACCGUUUGGGCGCGGACGGCAACCGUUUGGGCACGGACGGCAACUGUUUGGGCGCGGACGGUUGCAGGGCUGAGGGCAGUGAGGAUGGGCACCGGGGUCAGAGCACCACGUCUGCCUUCUCCCGCUCGGCGUCGGCUCCACUGCCUGCCUCCCAUGCCGCUCUGCCCACUGCUCUGCUCUUUGCUACUGACGCUAGUACCAGUGCUGCUGCUGCUGCUGCUGCCGGUGCUAGUGCUGGUGCUGCUGGUGCUGCUGGUGCUGCUGCUGGUGCUGCUGCUGGUGCUGGCGCUGCUGCUCCCCACCCCGUUCUCGUUCCUCCUCUCACAGCCUCCAGCUCAAUUUGUGCUUUGGCUGCAUGUAGCGUCCCUAGUUGUUGCACUGCUCCUGCUGCUGCUGCUGCUGCUGCUGCUGCUGCUGCUGCUGCUGCUGCUGCUGCUGCUGCUGCUGCUGCUGCUGGGGGAAGCGCAGGGUCAAGCUCCUCUAGCGUGCAGCACUUGCACCUGCAAGGGUCCGGUGUCGACGCGGCUCAGCAGCAGCGUGCCUUCGUUCCCAUCCCCUUCCCUGCAACCCCUGUCAUCCCUGUCAUACCUCCUAGUCCCCCGAUCCCCACAAUCCCUCACAGCCCUAGUCCUCCCAUCUCUGCCACCCCUUCUGUGAACCCCCUCCCUGUAGCUCUUCUCACUUCAAGCCAAAUUAACACCUCUGCUGCACACAAUGCACCGAGCAUCACGCACCAGACUCCCAUUCCGGCCCACAAGCCCGACCACAAUCCAUCCACCAUUCCUCCCCCCCACGCUCCAGCAUCCCCUGCUCUAGCCCACACACAUGCAGCGCACAGCAGCAACAGCAACCAAGCACCAGCAGCGAAAGCUGUCCCUUUCACGGCGUUCCUCCCAAUGCCCCUUCGCACUGCAGCCGCCACGCUGCCACUGCCCUCUGCCCGUGCCUACACCAUCCCUGCACUCAAACCCAUGCCUCCGGGCCUUCACCCCAUCUCUCCUGGUGUGCGCCUCAUUCCCUCUGCUCCGCUCCCUGCCCUGCCAGUGCGUGAGUCUGGGUCUGAUGGGGCGGGUGGAGCGGCCAGUGGUGCAGUAGGGGGAGUGCAGAUGAGGGGGGGGGAGCGGGUGGAGCAGAUAGGGACAGAUGAGGAGCACUGUGAAGGGACCAGGUGUGCAGGAACCGUCGGCGAGGCAGGUGGUACAAGCGAAACAGUGGCAACACGUGAGGAGGAGGAGGAGGAGGAACUGAGGAGUGGCUGCGGAAGGGCUGGGGAGGGCUGCUCUGGUGGAGUUAUCCGCCAGGAAAUCUGCGAGGGAGGAGGAAGCAAGCCUAGCGCUGCAGCAGCUGAAGAUGAGGGCAAGGGUAAGGCAUCAAUCCAGGAUGGAGGAGCGAGUGUGCAGCACCGAGAGGGGGAGCAAGAGGAUGGGCGAGUGGGAGAGAGGGAGGCUGAGCGAGAGAGGGAGUAUUGUUGCUAUGACCGCAAGGGUCGAGUUGCGUGCGGGCCUGAGAGGGGUUUUCCAGAGAGCCUCAGUAGGGAUGUUGCUGAGUGGUUCCAUAAUGAGGGGUGGAUGGUGGGGGAAAUGGUGGGGAUGGCUGUGCCAGGCAUGGGCGCAGGGGAGGAUGUUGUUUGUGUGAGUGAACAGAAGGGAGUGUGGAACGGUAGGAGGGAGAAGCAAAGAGAGGAGGAUGGGGUGGUGGUGGGGAUGGAUGGAGGGGAGUUAGAUGACUGUAUGGAGAGUGUGGUGGAGCUCUGGGGCGAGCUCAACGAUGCUGACAUUGCCAGCAUCCGCUUGUGA